CUUCGCAUCUUCUACAUAUCAAGUUAAACCAUGUCAAUGUUGACUCUACUUUUAGUUUCCCUUGUCGGAUACGUUUCGGCGUAUGGCAAAGUAGGUCCAUUGUUAGGAGGACUUGGUAAUAGUGGAGUUGUAACUGGUGGAGCACUCAUUGGAGGAGGUGGAGUUAUUGGUGGGGCUGGUGGAAUUGUCAGUGGUAGUGGACUUCUGUUAAACACUGGUGGAUUAGGCGGAGUGAUCGGAGGAUUAAACACAGGACUUGGAGGUCAACCAUGGUGCACAUGUAGUUUAAAAUGUGCUCCAGGACAGAUAAAACUAAACAAGAACUGUAACUUGGCACCUCUCCUUCCUGGUAGUUUGGAUACUUGUUGUUCCAUAUUGCCAUGGUGGGUAACCAACCAAAACUAUGGUGCUUCACUUGGAGGAGCUGGUCUUAUUGGUGGUGGAGGUAUUCUCGGUGGUGGUAUUGUCGGUGGUUUGAGUGGUAUUGUUGGAGGUGGUAGUGGAAUUAUUGGUCCAAUCGGUGGUAUUGGAGGUUCAAUUGGUGGUGUUGUCACAGGACCUGUCAGUGUCAUUAGAGGCGGCAGCAAUGUUGUCAGUGGACGAAUUGGUAAAGGGGGAUAUUAUUAAGUAUAUGAAAUUUGACAGUAAUACGACGAAGACAAUGAAUAAAAUGUUUGAAAUCAGUAAAUUUCUUUUAUAAAUAAAAUCACAAACCAAUGUA